AGGGAGCAGUAUUAAAUUAAAGAAGCUACAGAAAAAAGGCCAAACAACCCUUUUUUUCUUGAUUUCUUCUCUACAAUCAAUAACUCAAAGCACACUCAUUAUUUUGAGCAUACUUCCACUAGCUUUGCACUUCACUAUUACUCUAAAAGCUAACAUUUCUUGAAUUUAUUGAUGUCUAUACCCAUAGAGGAGCAUAAUUACAUAGGCAUAUCAAAAGAAAACUCUGAAAAGAGCUGUGUUUCUUCAAUGGAAAGUAAAGAUUUGAACUUUAAGGCAACUGAACUAAGACUAGGUUUGCCUGGUUCUGAGUCACCAAAAAACAAGAAUGAAAACUCACUUGGGGUUUUGAAAAAUUUCCCUUAUGGUGCUAAAAGGGGUUUCUCUGACACUAUAAAUGGAAAUUCUGGUACAUGGGGUUUUGGAUCUGAGGCUAAAAAUAGUGUCAAAGUUGGAACCAAGAUUCUUGAUUCUGUGAAAGAGGCAACUCCAAAAUCACCAAGAAAAGUGCAAGAGAAAAUGUCUCUAGUGUCUAGUACUAAUAAUAAUGGCCAUGGUGUUGCUCCAACUGUAAAGGCACAAGUAGUAGGAUGGCCACCAAUUCGAUCUUCCCGGAAGAAUAUGGUUAGUAAUCCUCCAAAGACCGAGGAAAUUGCAGGUUGUCAUUAUGUCAAAGUUAGCAUGGAUGGUGCCCCUUACCUGAGGAAAGUUGAUCUUACUAUCUACAACAGCUAUAAGGAUCUAUCUUCAGCCCUGGAGAAAAUGUUCAGUUGCUUCAAAGCCGGUCAAUGUGAAACUCAAGGCAUUUCGGUCAGUGAUGGAUUAAACGAAAGCAAAUUGGUGGAUCUUUUACAUGGAUCUGAAUACGUUCUUACCUAUGAAGACAAGGAUGGUGAUUGGAUGCUUGUCGGUGAUGUCCCAUGGGAGAUGUUUACGGAGACCUGCAAGAAGCUGAGGAUCAUGAAGAGUUCAGAUGCAAAUGGUCUAGCUCCGAGAGCCACGGAGAAGUGCAAAAAUCGUUAGAAUCUGCAGUACUCUCGAUGAAACAUGUCAAUCAAAUCUCUAUAAGCAAUGAGAAAUGGAAAUUCAGGUGUAUAUGCUAAGGUAGAAGGCCAAAUUUAGAUUUGAAGAUUGGCACCAGGAUUUCGAGUUUCUCUUUAUUUUACAAGUCUUUAGUGUAACUAUUUGCGUUACAUAUGUAUUCAUAAUAUGCAAGAGUAUUCUAGUUUCUAGCCUUUGUAGGAAUGUUAUGCUAUUUUUCUCUGUAUUCUAACUGCUUGAGUCUCCAAGGCUUAAAUGACAGAUAUGUAAAUGGUCUUACUUUUGUUUGUUUAUAGAAGUCUCUUUAUCUCU